AUGAAAUAAUCUAGUAACAAUGCAACCACUAUUUAACAAUAUAAGGAAGUGGUUCAAAAGUUUUAACAUUUCUUGGAAGAGAGAGCCAAGCAAAAGCAAAAGUAAGACGAUAAAUUGAGUAUUGCAAUCAAAAGAAUCAAUUUGCAUUCUCUCCUACCAACAUUAUAAUCAGAUCAUCACCAAUAGAAAAAUAGAAUUAGCAAAAGACUGUCCACUUUAUAAAAGGAAUAGUAUUCUCAAUUUAAACAGGAAUCUAUAGAUCAAAUAUCCAACAAUAUUUAAAAAUCAAUAGUCACUCCUUAUUCAAAUUAUGUUAGUUAAUUUAAGCACGGGAAAUCACAAUCCAAUUUAGAUGCAUUUUAAUAAUUAGGAUUCUUUCAUGGACUCUAUAAAUGUGAUAAACUUGAACAUCAGUCUAGAUAUAUUUCAGUCAAGGACUUGAAUCAGAAAUAAAGGAAAUAGUCUGAUGAGUGCUAAGAUAAUUACAUUCAUCUGCCAACUCUAUAAUAACCACAAAAUGAAUUGCUUAAGUAAGUCUCUAAGAAACAUACAUCUAAAAAGGCUUCACAUGAAGAAAUCCUCUACACCAAUAGAUGGGAAAGAGACAGAGGUAAUAAUGUAGUGAGGAUUGACAGAUUCGAAGUUGAUAAGCUAACCAAAGAUGUUGUUGAGUAUAUCUUCAAUUAAGAUAUAAUCAAGAUAUUUUUUGAGAACAAAAAUCAACUUUAAUUGUAAAAUAUGUUGUAGGAAUUACUUAAAGGGGUGUAUUAUGAAAGUGUAAUUAAUUUCGAAUAGAUGAUUUCAUAUUUUACUUCACUUCAAUUCUCUUACCUAGAAAUCUUUUACAUUAAGUAUGCCAUAGCUUAGGUAUUAAUUAAUGCUCAUUACAACUUUCUCUUUAUUGAAAGAGCUCUCAAUCAAUUUGAAGAGUAUAGGUAUUUGAUAUAAAAACCUAUUCCAUUCAUUACUCAACUUUUUGAUAACAGCUUUUACUCUUCCUUAGCCAAAGAUCUGAUGAUGAGAUUACUUAGAAGUGUUGCCUAUAAUAAGUACUUAUAAACCCAGAAAUUUGAAAGUGAAUAAUUUAUUGUGGCCAUUAAAAAUGGGCUUUUCCCCUAUUUAGUUGGAGAUUACGUGGCAUUGCCAUUACAUGCAAGGAUAAAGGAUGUUAAGGCGGAAUAAUUUAGAUAAUAGACUCUUAAACCAUUUAUUAAUUCAACUUUUGUUAUUUAAGUCAAAAACAUAUUAAAAGAAUACAAUCUGGAAGAUUUAUAUAUAAAUGAUGUAGAAAGAAGACUAAUAUUUCCAAAGGUCGGAACCAAUUAAAUAGAAGAUGGUAAUUUCCCUAUGCAUUACAUAUAUUCUUACAUCCAAUGUUCAAAUACUCUCAUACCUUCUUAUGACAUUAAAGCUUUGAUUAAAGUUAUUAAAAUAGAUCCAAUCGUUUCCGAAUCGGAUUCUACCAUUUUUGAAGACAAUUUAACUUAUCUUUCCAAAUUUGAAUAAAUAUAAGAUGAUAUUUAAUUAUUUUUAUGA